CAAACAAACAUCAACUCCAUCAAUCGCAAUGAUCACGAUCCAGGGUCUGCCACGACUCGAAGAUAUGCUAUAACAUACUAACACACUCCAAUUGACAUUUCCAAACAGUUCUAUUUUCUCCUUUUCUAAAUAUCUUCUUCCACUCUUACCACGUUCUUCCUCCGUCAAAGUCCUCCGAUAUUUGGCUACGAACUCUGUGAAGGCAAUUAUUCGGAGAGCGCAAAAGUACCAAGUAUUAUGUCCUCGAAUGGGCUAGAACUGGGGCAGGUCACUUUGACCAACUCCGCAGAGAGGAUACAGCUGUCAGCCAGUUGCGCUGUAUCGUUCCAGCUACCACAAUCUCUUCCCAGCCUCCGCGAUGCUGAUAUUCUCAAAGCAUUGAUAUCUGGACACAUAUGGACAUCACGAGGUAGAGGUUGUUCUCUGGAUAUUACAAUUCUAUUAGAUGGUAAGCCACUGGAUGAAACGGUGCGGGCAGCUUUUCGGAAGGGUCUUGGACAACGGGUUCAAGAUGCCAAGAUAUGGAAUCAGCUCUCUCUCUUACCAGGUCUCGAUAUCCCCACGAUACCCUUCUCCCGAUCGUUCGGACCCGAUGUGUCGAUUACCCUCAAGCAUGGCCAUCCACAAGCGAUGAAAGCAGGACUCAAGGGUUUUCUAUUGGACAAAACGGAUGUCAGUCCUCCAGACGAGAUACUCAAGGCAGAGAUGGAAACGAUACGACUCCUGUUGAAUUUUUUCACAAUCGACGUACCAGCAAAGCCACAGAAUCCGGCCAAGCAACUUCAACAAGACGCCGAGCUACUUGACCAGGACCGCAAGCUAAAGACCGACCAUCUACUACAACUUGAGAACACUGUGAGGAGGAUUAGCAGCCUUCCUCUGGUCGUUGCGGCUAACUUCGGGCAAUUUCAACCCAUUCUUCCUCGGCUUGAUGGUAGUGGAACGAAGGUUGUACCCUCAAAAUUGGCAAUGGAAACCAACCAUAAUAAGGUUCUCUCGCGGUCCACUUCUAGUGAGAAGUUAUCGAUGUACAGACGGUAUCCCAAAGAAGUCGUGGGUAUCUUGGAAGCAUGGUUCAGGUCUCAUCUUCUUCAUCCUUACCCGACAAACAUAGAAAAGCAGGAUUUGAUGAAACAGACGGGUCUCAAGAAAAGCCAGAUUAGUAAUUGGAUGGCAAAAUCCAGACACAAGCUUUCUGGUGCAUCGCUCGUUCAGGACGAGGAAGAAAUGCUAUUCUCAGCAGUCCAUUCACAGGUCGAAUCCCUCGAAGAAGACAUUCCCGGUCUCUGGUCUCAAUGCAGCGAAGAUACUGAAUCCAUCUCCAAAGCAUCCAUAUUCUCAACUGCCGCCUCUUCCAUUUCGGAGAUCUCUUCUCAACACCCUUCAUCCGAGCCCUUAGACCUUACCGUAGCUUGCGAGUUGAUUAAUGGAGCCUUGCAAACCUUCAUCGGAGGAUACUAUCCCAAGAUCCAACUACCACUCAAAGUCAAAAUCGAGAAACCCGUCCCAGAAACAUCCUUAUCUCAGCUCGUACCUACCAUGUUCAAUCCUGGGUACCGAGAGCUAAUGGCUCACCAUUCUCGUUUUCUUCCAACCAUUACCAUCGCACUUUCUGUGACCUUACCGAAGAAUGUCCAAUCACCGAGCUUAAAGAAGAAGUUGGAACAAAUUGCCUCAAUACCCAUCUCGCCAUUAGUAGGGGAAGACCCCAGCGACAACGUCGACGGAUCCGAUAGCUUGUCCCGCGUCAUUCAAACAAGCCUGUUCAGCAUGAUGCAAAGAACCCUAUACCAUCCUCCCGCUACUCGAAAACUAUGGAAAGAACCCAAACCCGCCACAGAUGUCUCCUCCAAAUCUCAAGAUUCGGACUCAAGCCCCGACUUGCUUGAGGAUGAGAACCCAGGCUCCAGCAAUUGGGACGAAAUCCUAGCGCACUUCACAUCAGACGAUGAUUUCGAUGACUUGCUAUAUGGCGACGAUGAAGAUGAGCUUGAUCUUCUAGAUGAAUCUGAGCGUGAGAGGUUGGCGAUUGAGAGGGAGACGGAUGAGAUGUUGUUUGGUGACGGAUGGGAUGGUGAAGAGGAAGAUGAGUUUCUGUUGUCAGGUGGUGAGAGUGAUGGGGAGAAUAUGUUGCUUUAGCAAUGUGGUCGGCUUGAGUAUGGGACAUAUGCUGUCGAUGAGCUUUUGCAGUUGAAUUCUUCGGAAAUUGUUGGGCUCCAGCUAGUACUACAUUCAAACAAUAAAGGCUGU